UCACUCUGAAAUUGGCAACAAGUAUCAAAAAUAUUAGGCUUAAUUACUUAAAAAACCCCCACCUUGUAUUUUUUUUUCGUUUAUACCCCCACCUAGGAGAAUUUUUAUUUAUACCCUAUUUGGGGUUUUCCGUUUUCAACCCUACCCUCAAAAAAAAAGGCACGCUUAAUAGUACACGGUGUUGUCCAUCUCAGCAAAAUUCAUUAAAACACACCGUUUCAUUUGCUGACGGGGAUUUUAAUUGACCAAACCAUGGUUAUCAUGUGGAGCAGGGCAAAAACGCACCGUUUUAAUUUUUCAAUUCCUCUACCCCUUCUUCUUGCUCAUUUCUUCGAUUGUUACUGACCUAAAAUUCACAAAACAACAAAAAAAGAAAAACGAAAAGAAGAUCCCUUUGGGAGUGGAGAACGACGUCGGCUAUGUUUUGAUUGUGUAAUGGUUAAAGAAAAACGAAAAGAAGAUCCCUUUGGGAGUGGAGAACGAAGUAAAUGGCCCGAAAAUUUCAGGCCAGGAUGUAAGAGGCCAGUUGAAGAGUUUGAAAAUUUCGAUCGAGAUGAAAGUGUUGUGGAUGCUAUACUAAGCAAUGAGCUUGAGAAGGAAGGUGCUGUCACCACUGAUAAUACAGCCACUGACAAUGCAGCCUCUAAUAAUACAGGCAGUGACAAUGCAGCACCUGAAAUGGAGACUGAUCUUGUCGAUAGUGAGUGCGACAGCACAUACGUAUGCGGGAGCAAAGAAGACAGUGAUGAUGUUAGUGUAAGUGAUGGUGGGAGUGACUUUGAUGAUGAGUAUGCAACUGCGAGGCAAGAAAAGAAAAAGUUAAGAAGCAAUGAUAUUGAUACAAUUAAUGGGUUGGGAUUGGACGCAAUGCUUGAUGCUCCGGGGGGUAUUGCUAGUGUAAACGGGAAAUAUUGGGAAGGAGGGGCAGUUGGGGACAUAGAUGCCUAUGCGGGUUGCGUAGAGUCUGAUCCUGGAAGUGACUAUGCGGACACCGACGACGGGCUGGUCACACCCAAUAGCAGCGAUGAGGAAAACUUACACCCUAAAAAGAGGAAGAGAAGAACCCGGUUGCACUAUAACCCAAAGUGGAGGCACGAAGAGUUGGAAUUCAAAAUGCACAUGACUUUUCUGAAUAGGAUACAAGUCAAACACGCUGUACAGCAGUGGGCUAUCUGCCAUGGCCAUGAUGUACGUUGGAAAAAAAGUGAGCGGUUGAAGGUUGAAGCGAGAUGUGCACCAGGUUGUUCAUGGAGGUUGUAUGCUAGCAGGACGAAGUCAUGCACCUCCUUUAGGAUCACAGGGCUGAAUAAUGAACACAUGUGUCAAAGAGCCUCAAAAAACAGGCAAGCGACAUCAGAAUGGGUGGCAAAGGAGUUUCUUCAAAAGUUUAGGCGACAACCUUCGUACAAACCGAAAUUCAUGGUAGGUGAUCUAAGGGCCAAGUAUUCUGGACUUGUAGUCCCAAUUUCCUGUUGCUAUAGAGCAAAGUAUACAGCCAUGACUAUCAUCAGAGGGUCCUUGGAAAGCCAUUAUACAAGAUUCAGAGCGUAUGACGCGGAAAUGAGAAGGGUAGACCCCGAAGGCUUAUUCUGUUUCCACUUCAUUAGUGACCCAACAACUGGCACUCCGAUUUUCCAGAGGUACUAUGUUGGUUUUUCAAGUUUACGAAAGGGGUUUAAAGCUGGUUGUAGGGCGGUGUUAUGUGUGGACGGGUGUUUCCUAAAGACUCUUGUAGUUGGGGUUCUGUUAAGUGCUAUAGCCCGGGACGCCAACAACCAAAUGUACCCUGUGGCGUGGGCAAUCGCUGAAGCAGAAAAUGAAGAAACCUGGACAUGGUUUAUGGAGUUGUUGAUAUCAGAUAUUGGGUUCGGAGAGGGUCUGUACUUGACUCUGAUUAGCGACCAACAAAAGGGGUUGAAAAAUGCAAUUAACAAGGUUGUCCCUCUCGCCGAGCACCGUAAUUGCGCCCGCCACAUAUACGCUAAUUGGAAGAAGAAGCACAAAGAUCCUGAGUUGAAGAGGCUGUUUUGGAAGGCUGUCAAUACAAGUAAUCAUCCCGAGUUUGAGAGUGUUAUGGAUUUGAUAAAGGCUGAGAGGGUUACGGCCUAUGAUGAUUUCAUGAAGCAGUUGGAUAACAUAUUUUGCAAAGCCUUUAUUAGGCCAGAUUCAAAGUGUGAUGCCAUCACGAGUAAUUUGGUGGAGACUUUCAACGGUUUCAUCUCUAAGUCAAGGCAAUUACAAGCGAUCAAUAUGCUAGAGGACAUUCGGUCAUCUUUGAUGGAGAGGAUGUUUGUCAAGUCGGGGUUGAUGGACAAUCAUUUCGAAGAUAUUUGCCCUAGGAUAAGAGAGCGUAUAGACAAGAAUCAGACUAUGACCAGAUUCUGCGAAGCAAAAGUUGCAAAAGGGGCAUUUCAAGUGAGUUGCGGUGAAGAUCAAUAUGUGGUGAACCUUAAAAAUAGGAGCUGCUCAUGUAGAGCAUGGGACAUAAGUGGCAUUCCUUGUGCCCAUGCUCUAGUCUGCAUCAACUUCAUGCGUUAUAAUGUUGUGGAUUACGUCGAUGAUUGGUACAAGAAGGAAAAAUAUAAGUUGGCGUAUGAAUUCUGUCUACAGCCAAUCAACGGGUGCAGAAUGUGGCCUAAAGUAGGAGGGAGUAGUAUUCUGCCGCCGCCAUAUCGUAAGAUGCCUGGCCGUCCUAAGAAGAAUAGAAGAAGAGAUCCCGACGAAGAGCCAAAGAAGCAUCCGAGGUUUGCAAGAAAGGGUGUGGCAAUGACCUGCAGUCAUUGCCUUAGCGAGGGACAUAACAAACGUGCAUGUCCUGAUAAGGCUAAUGCCCCUGUUGAAAGGCCUAAAAAGCGUGGUCCAGGUAGACCUAGAGGUCCAAACUGGACUCCCAAACCUCCUAAGAGUGGACCUUCUCCUUCGGAGAUUCGAAAGCAACGAAAGAAAGAACUACUGGAGAGCACCAUUUCAGCACAAAGAAAUGCAUCAUCUUCUGAGCAAAGAAGCGAGGUUCAUACACAGCUGCAAAACCAGGUUGCUGAAAAUGUUGGGAUAAGGGUGAACACAUCUUCUGGUUUCAUUUUCGCAAGGCCUGCUCCCAAUGAUGGCAACAGAUACGUUAGUGGAGCAAUGUCAACAGCUGCUGCAGUUAGGCGACAUAAUAGACCACCAACAUCAUUGCAGGAAGGAUCGAAAACCGACGCAGUUUCUGGAGCAGCCAUAUCAUCGCAGCAAGGAUCGACGACAAACCCAGGUUCCCGCGAGACCACGUCUGUUAUGUUCAAGUCAACGGCUUCACAAGCUGCCACACCGAGAGUAGACAAACUUCCGUUGAGGAAGGGGAAACAGAAAAUGAAUCAGUAAUUCCAUGGAAUAUGGGUUUUGUAAUUUUUGGGUGUAUAAAGGUGUAAAUGUUAACCUUUAUUUUUUGUUUGCUUCUAAUGGAUUUGAAGCAGUAGGCAUAGAAAAGGUGGUAUCAUAUAAACCUUUUUUUUUGGCUUCACCUGGAUGUGAAGCAAUAGGCAUAUAUAGGUGUUACUGCAAUGUGCGAUUUUUUGGCCUAAACAAGAUGUUUUCAGUAUGUAUAUUUAGGAUGUACACCUUUUUUUGGCUUCACAGGGAUGGGAAGUAAUAUGUAUAGCAAAGGUGUUUCUAUAAACUUUGCUUAUUUGGCUAAUUAAUAUAUUACAUAUCUAGUA